GUUAACUUCAAAGUUGUUUUUGACUUUUACUGCAAUACUCGUAGAUAUUAUUGGUAUAUAAUAGUUCUGUAGUGCGUUUCUGAAUCUUAUUUUAACCACAUUUCACGUUGUUAUCUCUAGUUAACAACUUUUUUUGGGGUUAAGUGAUUGUGUAUCAACUUUAACCAUAUUUGUCAUUGUUUAGUGUUAACAAACGCAGUCAGCUGUUUGGUGACAAUUAUUUUUGUGGUUAAGCUAACAGCAUCUAGUUUUUCUUUGUUAAGUUGUUGUUUACUAAUUUUGCUGUGAAGUUAAAUUGAGAAAAUUGUGAAGAUUGUGUUAAAAAAUGGCAUUUGCAUACAUUGCAUCAUAUUUAUAUGAUACCGAUAAUGAGCAGCGAUUAAACGUGCCAAGAAUUGACCGGCGUAGGCUUCGCGAAAUCGAUAACCCUUUCGAACUAACGUUAACGGAGUUCCGGAGGCUAUAUAGACUCAGUCCCGGCAUGGUUGAAAAUUUGGUGUCUCAACUUGACAAUCAAUUAAGAGGAUCGCGAAUAACAGCGUUAUCGACUGAAAAGCAGGUUCUAGCUGCUCUACGGUUUUAUGCCACUGGAUGCUAUCAACGCCCAGUAGGUGAACAGUGGGGCAUAUCCAUGAGCCAAACAUCGAUAAGCCGUUGCAUACACCGUGUGACUGACGCAAUCAACAAUUCAAUGUUUACCUCCAAAGUGAAGUUCCCUAUGACGCAACUGGAGUGCCAAGCGGCAAAGGAAAUUUUUGCGUCUGCACCUUCACCAUUUGUAGCAGGAACUAUCGGUGCAAUCGACUGCACCCAUGUUGCAAUUUUGGCUCCCAAAAAUAAUGAAUCAAAUUAUGUCAAUCACCAUGGGUACCAUUCGAUGAACGUGCAAAUGAUAUGUGAUCCAAAUCUUAAGAUUUUAAACGUGAAUGCAAAAUUUCCGGGAGCACGACAUGAUUCGUUUAUUUGGAGCUUCUCUGCAGCGCGUCGGGUCAUGCAGCGAUCAUUUGAAACUGGAAAUCACAACACGUUUUUGAUAGGCGAUUCUGGAUACCCGCUGGAGCCAUGGCUGAUGACACCUUUACCAAACGAGCCAGAAGGAACACCAAAGUUUCGCUACAACGAGGCGCUAUGUAAAGCACGUAACCCGAUCGAGAGACUCUUUGGCGUCCUUAAAGGCACAUAUGGCGGUGCUUAUCACGGCAAAGAGUACUUUUGUAUGACCCCGGCUUUGCUGGCCGAGUAGUUAACGCGUGCGCAACAUUGCAUAACGUUCGUUUGGGCGAUCAAACAACCGCUUUUGACGAUCGGGUUGUUUAUGAUUCCGAAAUACUAAGCACUAAUGAUGAUUCCGCAGCACCUUCUUCAGUAGCAAAACGUGUUCAGCAACGAAUUAUAGCAAAUUUUUUUUAAAUAUUCGUAUAACUUAAUAUAUGCCGUCAACGAUCGUCUCGAUAGUAGGCCAGCCAUCCACCAAGAGACGCAAUAUUUAUUUUUCACGUCCAAUGAACAUACUUGGCGAGCCGUUAAAUGGCACCGCUAAAACUGCGAACUAACCAGCUAAAUUUAUUGAUUUUUAUACCUCAAUGAAAAAGUUCCACACCUGCGCCGGCUUUAGUAGCAAUGUAUGCACGAUUGCUCGUUCAUACGAAAUCGAACCGGUGGACAUUAAAAGGAUUCUUGCAGCAAUUGUUGCCCUCUGUUUCCAAGCAUCAAUACAGCCUAUAUUGCUGAAAAUGUUCCUAAAUCUAUUACAAAACAACCAACCCAACAGCGCCCUUACACUGUCCGGGCGUUUCGCUUUAAACCAAUAAACAACAAUUGAAUUUGUGAGUGCCGGUGCUGUUGUGAAGGGUUAUUCAUGGAUACCACAAAAAGAGAUACAAAACUACAUCAAUGCUGUUGGCAUAAUACUCGCUUCUCUGCCUGAGAAAUGUUGGAAGGCAAAUGAUCCCCAUAGUGAGCCGCUGAUACCUAUGUGUCUUCAGUUGGUAAUUGCAUAGUUACUGCCGCGAGUGCGGUUCACAAUGCUCUUUGCCGCAUUCUUUUUGGCAUGGUCGUUUGUUGAACCAGCCCACAUAACAGACGCUCGUUUGGCAAGUUCUAUUUCCGUUGCUUGAUAAUGUGCGUGCGCUUUCCAGUACGGGAAGCAGUGAGAAGGUGGAUGGUGCUGCCUUGAGUAAAAAUUGUGAAGACUCGCUGGCCGCAAUAAAAUCUCUGCAAGAAAUUAUGCAUGACAAUGCAGACAAAUUGGCGUCACUUGCUAACGAGGAAACAGCGGAAACAAAGAUGAGGAAUUUGCAGGAUUGCAUGGAAUAUUUGGCUAAAUACCGGCAUUGAAAGCACAAAGAUCACAACGAAAAACAACCAUGCCAAAGAGGAGUUUUAUGUGCCUAGUCAGGCAUUUUUAAUAGCGCUAACACAAAUUUUCUAGCACAUACAACUGCGGGGGUGAUACAUCAUUGAAUUCGAAUGCCUUCACUGGGCGCUUGGCGGUUACUGCUUUACUACAUCGAUUCCAAUACGUUUUGAAGCGUUUCAAUGACGACGAACGGCUGAUGGGCGCCGUGCAAGGGCCACAGUAGUUCAUUCCGGGGUAUUGGUCGUAACUAUCAGUGAAGUGCACAGCUGCCAAAUGCGCAUUAAGUCAAUUAAAGAACCAGUUUGAUAACAAAGAAGGAUCAUACCACAACAUUACCGGCACCCUGACACUUAUUGAAUAAGUACCAAAUAAGUAAAUACAUAUCGUCACCUGAAAUGCAAAAAGACGUAACAAUAUCGUAAAUGAGAUUGAAAAAGUCGUGACUAAUAUUUUCAUUAUUUUUUUCAUAAAAUGAUGUGGGAAGUUGUAACUCGUUGAAAUCCAUUAUAUAAAUCAAAAAGUAAAUUUUGAAUUUUUUAUUAGUUAUGACUUUUUGCAUUUUAACAAUGAUUUUUGUUACGU